AUGGCACCCAAUGUCGAAAAUGCGCAACCAGGCGCAAACCAAAAGACCCUGCAUGUCUGGUCAAAACCUAUAGAACAGCCCGACGAGUCGCAAAGCCUAGGAGGCGACAAGACGACGAAUAAUGCUAGGCCGACGAUUGCGGAUGCAGUCGGUAUGAUCAAGACGGAGGACUUUACCAAAGUUCACAAUACACCGUGCGCCAGGCAAGGAUUCCUGGCUGGUAUUGCUGCUGGCGCCGGUGUUGGCGGAUUGAGGUUCGUCCUGAGGGGUAAGGACCACCCAUCUUGCCAAUCUCGUUCACCAGCUAGGGAUGCACUGACAAUUCUGCCUGCAGGCAAUGCCGUCAAGGCGGCGAACUGGGCUGUCGGGAUGUUUAUACUCGGAAGUACGGCAUCGUACGAGUACUGCCAAUACCUCCGACGAGCCGAGCGAAUACAAAUGAAGCGUCACAUCGAAGUAGUGUCAGAAAAUAAGAGAGAGCAGGCUAGAAAGGCGGCGGAGGGGAAGAAGGAACAACUACAACUGGAACAAGAGCGGAUGGCGGCGGCGCAGAAGCCUUGGUACAAAUUUUGGUGA